AUGCCCACCCUCCCACUCGCCCUGAAGUCCCUCUCACUUCGCAAACUACGGCGAACCAACGCCAUUAAAGUCUUCCUCACCAGCGCACUCCUCUGGUUAAUUGCGUACACCUUCUGUCGACUUCGAUUCUGGCGAGACCCUCAUUCGGCCUUCUUCAAUGACCGCUAUGUCUACGAAUGGAGAUACAGUCUCUACCGGGAACGCGAGGGCCGGCGCCUGAUCACCAACCACAACACCCUUGCAGAGAACUCCUCCUCCUACACGGGAGCAGGGUCGAACCCGCUGAUCUGCGCAGCUUUUCUGACCGUGAGGCGCGAGGAGGAGAAUUACCUCGAAGCCUCGGUGGGGUCUCUGCUCGAGGGAUUGACUCCGCUGGAGCGCCGUGCUCUCUUCCUCAACGUCAUCUUCGUGGACACAGAUCCCAGCCAGCAUCCGAGCUGGGGACAGAACUGGGUGCAUCGAUUAGCGGAUCACGUUGGAUCAUACCAGAACAUCUCCAUGGAUCAGUUCCAUCACCUGCAGGACUUGGAAAAGGCGCGGAACUUCUAUGAAAAGGGAGCCUGCAUGGCCACUAACGCAACCUACCUCGCGAUGUUCGAAGACGACAGCAUCGUCGCCGACGGCUGGACGGCCAAGACGCUUGAGGGUGUGUCCGACAUCGCUCGCAUCCAGACGCCCAAACACGUCGAUAACAACCACCCCUGGGUCUAUCUCCGGCUCUUCUUCACGGAGACCGCGCUGAGUUGGACCUCUGCGGACUUUGCCUACCGCAACAUGGGCUGGAUCUUCAUCGGGGCAUCGUUGUCACUGCUCGCCGCGCUCAUGGCCGUCCGCCGCGCCUAUUCGUCCAGUCACGCCUACCUCGAUUAUCCUCCGAUGCCCCUGAGCGGCGUGGUGGAGAUGAACGCCCACGGCUGCUGUACCCAGGGGUUGGUGUUCCCUCGCGACCAGGUCGACGCGUUGAUCGCCCAUCUGACCGAGGUGAAGGCCGGGCAGACGGACUCGAUCAUCGAAGAGUAUGCAGAUGCAAAGAGUCUGACCCGGUAUGCUCUCGCGCCGCAGCAGCUGCAGCAUGUCGGGCUGAAGUCGAGUCGGGAUAACCUCGAGAUCAAUACGCGGAGCACGUGGGCGUUCCGGUUUGAGGAGAACAAGCCUGCGGAUUUGAGAAAAGAGCACGAGGAUCUGUUACGGGAUGUCGAUAUUGCACGGCUCUUGGAUGGACAUAGCUGAUGGGCAUUUCUGGUGCUGUGGGGGAG